AUGAGACAAGUCGCUUUUUAUUUUUGCAUAAUUUCUGUGUGUUUUGCCGCCGGUUCAGAUUAUUACUACUGGCGCGAAUUCACCGGAGUCGUUCCUCCGGACGCUCUCCCCGGAGGCAAAGACGCCGACGGUCGUGACGCUUACAUCGGCGAGGCCUAUAUUCACGGCCAUGGCAUCUACGUCGUCCAAAUUUAUCCCGGAGAGAAAGAAGUCGCCGUCCCGGCUUACGGUUUCAAAACUGCGAGUUUCAAUAUCAAGAUUCUUUGUACCGAAGAUCCGGAGUUUUUUUUGUGGAUCCAAACUACGGCCAAAAACUACGAGAAAGAUAUCGUAGGAGUGGAACCGGUCACUGUGGGGUACGACGGCGUGGGGAACAGUGGAGUAGUCAAUGUGGGAAGGAUUUUUUAUCAAGGGGAAGUUCUAGUCGGGGAUGUAACUCCCUAUGCUAGUAGAAAGGGCAAUGUUCAAUUAUGGUUCCCGUUCCGGAAAGUCGAACGCGCUGUGAAUUUCUACGAAUUGUUGGUUGUUUACGUCCCGAAUGGGAUUGAGCCCCGGAUCGGGAAGGUUAAUGCAACAAUGAUUUAA